UUUGCACCUCAUCAUCUUUUACUCAAACCGAAAGAUACAGAACGCAGCAUUAAAGGCUCAGGAAAAUUGGCUCUGUGCGCGUUACUUCCUUGACGAGCCAAGGCGCGGAAAGCAGCGACUUGCCAGGGAUGAAGUCACCGUUGUGAUCAGAUGCCUCUGCCCGGUCUCGUUCAUCCGGCCACGCGAGCCCCUCCCGCGCUGGGCGCUGCCGACCCCUGGCCGCUGACCCCUGCCCGGGAGGAUCCUCUGUGUGGCCGCCUGGAACCGAGAGGUGCGGGCAGGGCCCGGGAGGGCGGGACGCGGCGGCGGGCGGGGUCCCCUAUAACAGGCGGGCGCCUCCCUUCGGGCAGCGUCCCUCCCUGGCGCUGCCCGCAGCCGCGGAGGCUCCGCAGUGCGCCUUGGCCCUGGAGCGCCGAGUCCUCUCCGAGCGCACCGACACCUCGCGGGCUGGCGAGGAGGAGGCUGAAGCUGCAGCCAGCUGCCACAGGAGGGCAGGGCAGGGCAGGGCCGGCCAGCGCAGCGUCCCUGGAGCUGCUGGCAGAUAUGCUGGGGCCCCUGAGGGUCACAGUUGGACAGAGGGAGCCUGAAGAUGUGAGUAAGAAAGACUUGGAUAACGACACAGCUGCUAACUCUGUGAUUGUUGAGGACAUCACAAAGGAUAAACAGGAGGAAAUGCCUGAGAUGAUCGAACAGAUUCCUUCUUCAGAAAGCCACUCAGAAAAAAUGACACGACCUACUGAGGCUAAUGAUGUUGGAGAGCCCCACGCGGAGGAGACGGAAGAGGCAGCAGCCAGAGAGGGUGAAGGGAAACAGUCUGUCGAGAAGGCGGAAGACACCCUGAAGCACCAGCAAAGUGACACAGAAAUUCCUCUCACAGCCGAGUCUGGUCAAGCAGCAGCAGAAGGCAAAGAUGAAGCAGAAACAACCCAAGAAAAGGAGGCUCCCAAGCCUCCAGAGUCUCCCACCAGCCCGAUCGCCAGUGAGACUACAUCGACCUUCAAGAAAUUCUUCACCCAAGGAUGGGCUGGUUGGCGAAAAAAGACCAGUUUUAGAAAGCCAAAGGAGGAUGAACUGGAAACUUCUGAGAAGAAAAAGGAACAAGAGCCAGUAAAGGCAGACACGGAGGAAAAUGAGAAGGCAGAAGAUGCCUCUGAGCAGCCCCCAGCUUCUGAGCAGCUCCAGAAGCCCGGGGAAGGUGCGGACGAGGCCAGAUUAUCAGCUGACUACGAGAAGGUGGAGCUGCCUUUGGAAGAUCAAGUCGAUGGUGUGCAGGGCCCUCCUGCAGAGAAAUGUGCUCCAUUGGCAACAGAAGUAUUUGAUGAAAAAAUAGAAACCCACCACGAAGUUGUUGCUGAAGUCCACGUCAGCAGUACAGAGAAGAAAGCAGAGGAACAAGAAGCAGAUGUGGGAGAAGUAGAAGUGUUGUCAUCUGAAAAACUGCUGGAAACAAAUGCUCAGGAAGCUCAGGAAGCAGAACUCGCCGAGGCACUGGAAAAGACCAAAGAAGUUCCUGCCUCUGGAGGGGACCACGCCCGGCCAACAGAGCUGAGUACGGAAGAAAAGGUGUUACCCAAACACCCUGAGAGCAUCGUGAGUGAGGUGGCCUUGCUGUCAUCACAAGACAGAGUCAAGGUGCAGGGAAGCCCCUUGAAAAAACUGUUCUCCAGCACUGGCUUAAAGAAGCUGUCUGGGAAGAAGCCGAAGGGGAAGCGAGGAGGAGGCGGAGGGGGAGAUGAAGAGGCAGGGGAGAACAAUCAGGGUGCGGCAGAGUCUCCGGAUAGUGCGGAUGAGCAGAAGGGCGAGAGCUCUGCCUCGUCCCCAGAAGAACCUGAGGAGAUCACGUGUCUGGAGAAAGGGGUUCCAGAGGGGCACCUAGAAGGCGAGGCUGAAGAAGGAGCUACUUCUGAUGGAGAGAAAAAGCGAGAAGGCGUUACUCCCUGGGCAUCUUUCAAAAAGAUGGUGACACCCAAGAAGCGUGUGCGAAGGCCUUCUGAAAGUGAUAAGGAAGACGAGCUGGACAAGUUGGACAAGGUCAAGAGUGCCACCUUGUCUUCUACGGAGAGUGCGGCCUCUGAAAUGCAAGAAGAAAUCAAAGGCGCUGGGGAAGAGCCGAAGCCCGAGGAGCCGAAGCGCAAAGUGGACACUUCGGUGUCUUGGGAGGCAUUGAUUUGUGUGGGGUCAUCCAAGAAAAGAGCAAGGAAAGCAUCCUCCUCUGAUGAGGAGGGAGGACCAAAAAUGAUGGCAGGGGAUGGCCACAAAACAGAGGAGACUGCCAGAGACAAAGAAGCCAGAACCGACUCUGUCCCUGCUGGCACCCAGGAGCCAGAUCAAGUGCAAGGAAGCUCCUCCCCUGAGCCUGCAGGCAGCCCCUCUGAAGGGGAGGGUGUGUCCACCUGGGAGUCAUUUAAAAGAUUGGUGACCCCAAGGAAAAAACCCAAGUCAAAACAGGAAGAGAAAAACGAAGACACCUGUGUGGAGCAUUCAGCUUUAGAUGUUGAACCUGGGAAGGAAGAAUCUUGGGUUUCAAUUAAGAAGUUUAUCCCUGGACGGCGGAAGAAAAGGUCAGACGGGAAACAAGACCAGGCCGCUGCUGGAGACACAGGGCCCGCAGAAGGCAACGAGGAGGACUCCGAUGUCCCGUCUGUCGUGCCUCUGUCCGAGUAUGACGCUGUGGAAAGGGAGAAGAUGGAAGCUCAGCGAGCGCCCCCAAGCGAAGCAGAGUCCGUGUCCGAAGAGCUCAGCAAGAAUCUGGCUCCUUGUGCGGCAGUGGCUGCUGCCGAUGGGAUAAGGGCAGUUACUAAUGUGGAAGAACGGUCUCCUUCAUGGAUAUCUGCCUCCGUGACGGAGCCUCUUGAACAAGCGCAAGAUGAAGCCACACCAGUAACUGGGGAGAUGGCUGAAAGUGAAGUCACUGCUGAAGAAACCGCUGUGGCCACCGAGACUGUGUCCGAGGGCAGGGAGGUCCCCGAUGACACCAUCACUAGUGAAGUGGGAUUAACUCCUGAGGCUGUGACUGCUGCAGAAACCACAGAGAUGGUGUCUGCAGUCUCGCAGCUAACUGACUCCCCGAACACCACGGAGGAAGCCACUCCCGUGCAGGAGGUGGAAGGCGGUGGGCCAGAUGCCGAAGAGCAGGAGCGGCAGACUCAGGCUGUCUUACAGGCAGUUGCAGAAAAAGUAAAAGAGAAGUCACGGCUGCCUGACAGCAUUGGGGCUGAAGGUGUGACUCUGCUGACUGUGCAGAGAGCAGAACCCAAAGCCCUAGAGAAAGUGGAGGAGGCAGAAGACUCUGUAGCACCAGGGCCGAAGGAAGAGAUGGAUGCAGCGAUGAGAGUAACAGUACAAGAAACUAAAACUGAGCAUUUUACACUAGGACAGGUAGCAGCCCAGGCUGCCCCUGAGAGCUCUGAGGAAGGUCCUCAAGUCAUGGCGAGUGUACCCAGAGGGCUGGUAACCAUGGGCCAAUCUGAGCCCUUAGCUGAGGUGCAGGCCUCUGAGCAGCCUCUUCUCCCUGACUCAGCAGAUACCCUGACAGACAGCGAGACCAACGGAAGCACCCCUGUGGCAGAUGUUGAGGUGCUAGAGAAAAUGCAGCAAGAUGAGGUCAUGGUCGGGCAAGAGGACAGUGCAGCUGUGUCUGGUCCCCAGUCACAGGUUGCAGAGGCAGCUCCUGCUCAGAAAGCAGGACCUUCCGCACCACCUGCAUUUCAAUCCCAGGAAAAAUGUAAAGAACAAUUAAAGCCUGAAGGAGUUCUAGAACAUGUGGAUCAAGAGCUGUCAGUGGAGGCUGCACCCAUACUGUCCAAGACUGAGGUGAUUGAAGAGGCCCGCCAGCUUGCUGAUGGGGAACACGAAGACAGACCUACACAGGUAGCCAGUCAGGAAAAGACCCCUGAGGUUCCCCUUCGAGGUGAAUUAAUUGAAGGAGCAGAAUUUCAGCAGAUCGGUACCACAGAACUCCAGAGUCCAGGCCCCGAAGAGGGAGAGAGGGUAGCUCAGGUAGAAAAGGAGAAAACGGAUGCAAAGGCAGUACAAGGCAGGGAAGAGGAAGAAGAAGCUGAGCCAAAAUCAAUCGAAGGGCUCGGCCAGAAACUAGUCCAGUUGGCUGACGUGCUCAUCACAGACCAGGAGAAGGAACCAAGCGAUUUACAAGGGAGCUGUUCUCCUCCACCUCCAGGUCAAGAGGAGAAGACUACAUGCCAAGGUCAGAGCCCUGAGGUCUCAGUGACUGUCACAGCUGCUGUAGUGGAGGAGGAGGGGUUAGGAGAAACUGGCCAGAUUUCAGAAACCUCUGAUGCUUCAGAGCCUGCAGGUGCACGUUUAGAACCAGCAGAGGGGUCCUCUGGAAAGGAUGCUCUAGCUGUGGGGCCUGAGCCUCAGGCAGAAUCAGAACCAGUAAUAACGCUGGCCACUCCUGAGAAAGACUUGCUUUCGGGCCUGGGGGGAGAGGAAAGCGCAUUUCAGAAACAGAAAGGGGACAGAGAGGAAGGACAGAUUUGCUCUCUCGAAGCCGCAGUGAGCCCAGCAGCAGAGGGCAGUCCCAAGGCUGAAAGUCAGAUCUUAGAGCUCGAGACUGAGAGCAGUAAAUUAGUGCAAAACAUAAUCCAGACAGCCGUGGACCAGUUUGCCCGGACCGAGGAAGCAGCAGUGUCUGAAGCGUUUCCAUGUGACACAGUGAUGGAGGCCUCCCAAGUGCCAGCCGACAGCCAGGGCGUCAGACAGAAACCUGUGGGAGAAGUCAGAGCACAGCAGAUGACUGUGCAGGAUCAGACUCUGACCGUCACCACCCCCCCUGAGUCCAAGCUCCCCACUGAUGCACCCGAGCUUUCUGACAUUGCCAAAGACGUGAAUGGAACUUCAGAAAAGACCCUGACAGUUGAGGUUGGAAGUUUUGGUGUACAUGAGCAACAUUUGGAAGAGGUGUUGCCCCCAGGCACUGCAGAGGGCGAUGACAGCUGUGCCAAGUCAGGAGAAAGAAUAGACAAGUUGCCGCUUGACUCCAAAGAUGACCAGAAGGGGGACGUCACUCAGGAACUGGAGGAUCCAAAUGCAGCCCUGGCAGACACCGAGGCUCUGGGUGGCGGCACCAAGGAGUCCCCAGACACCAACGGACCAAAACUAACAGAGGAGGAAGCAGGAGCUCAGGGAGCAAAGGUGUACCGGGAGUCGGAGAAGAGCAUCAAACCCCAAGUGGAGGAGGAGCAGCAGAAACCGGAGGGGGAGCUGGCAGAACCCUGAGGCCUUGUUUCAUGCCGUGUAUAUUUGCAAGACCAGAAUGUGAAGACAAGUCAUGAAAGAAUAUGCUGCUGCUGAAACUCGAAACCAAUAUUUAGAACUUUGAGAACCAGAGAGCGGGCCCACCUACUGAUCUCACGUCCAGUGCUCCCCAACAAUCCUGAGGCUUCAUCAGGAGCUAUAGUCGUCUAACAUUGCCUUUUUUUUCAAGACUUUACUUUCCCUUGAUUCCAUAUGAUCUUUCUGAAUUGAGGUCCUAAAUUCUUGACCUGGAACUGGAGUUGGCAAAACUUUCUCAAACUGGAGUGUCGUUCUUCAUGUAUUUAUAUGUAUUUUGAGUAAUCCUCUUUAUCUAUUGUAUAUUUUUUCAUAGUGUUUAACUACGGGCAUAUGCAGCAUAGUACUUACCUUUCUUUACCACACAGUAUGUGACAGGGCGUGCAGCUGUGAUAGGCCCCGGGAAGUUUAAAGCCUCAGUUAAUACCUGUGAAAAACAGCUUCCAAGCAAUAGCAUUCCUGGUGAGAAGGUACAGUUCUUACUCUAAAAAAUUCACUAAAGCUUAGGUCCAUGCUUAGUGUAGUACUCAGAAACUGACCACUUUCCUAUUAUGCACAGUGAGCUAAAAAUAAAAAACAUUUUGAAACACUCAGAAUGUUCCACUGUUACUGUGAAUUUUUUCUUUUAGUCCAGUGAAGUUGGAAGGAAGUUUCUUUUUCACUAGCAGAUGAGUCUUGCUAAGUCUUUCCUCCUAACUGUUACAUGGUGGUUUGGACAGAUUAGUGCGUUCAACUCUGGGGCAGCAUAGUGAAGUGUUUUUCAUGUUACAUAGAAAAGAACUGCCUAGUGUAAGUUUUUGAUUCUGCUCUUAUAUGCUGGACCGCAUUCGCUCACAGAAUGAAGCAAGUCCCUUUCUUUACCAAUGGUAUUUUGAUAGAUACUGGAUUGAGUCUGUGUCAUACUUGUGCCCUUUCUUUUAAGACCAAUGUUGGGUUAUGUCAUUUGGAUAAACUGUGAUUUAACAACUGAUUUAAAUAAAAAACAUGCUUUCACUUAGGUUUGCUGGUUUUAUUAGGUACUAGGAAGUGAGGACUUAAUGUCUAUUGUAUUAGAGUAGAUAACGAUGGACUGGGAUGGCCAAUAUGAAACUUCCUAAUGUAGACACUCUGCAAAUUGAGAACCCAGUUACUUUAUUCUGGGUUGAGUCCGAUUUUCAGUUGAGAGGAAGCCAUGGGACAGAUGCGUUUUCAAAGUGAAUCGCCAGCUUUUCAGAUACUUUGAGUACAGUUCUACAUGUGGUAAUUCCUGAAAAAGUCAGUUUUCCCUGAUUAUAUUUCUGGUUUCAAAUAACGUGUCUAGAAAGAAAGUUUUAAGAAGGUUUAAUAGUAAACAUUCUUUGCGAAGAUAACAUGAUCUUGGAAAAAACCUUUAAGUGUCCAUGUGAUGAAUCUGCUAAAAAUUAAAGGAUUAUGUCACACAAUUGUUACUCAAAAACCAGGUAGUCUACCAUAAAGUUACACGUAUUUCACAAAGAGAACUGGCCUGGUAAAGCUUAAGUUUGAUUUAACCUCAGUACUCCAGCUUGAGAAUUUAAAAUACAAUUGCCAGUUAAUGACUGUUACAAGCAUGAUAUUCAAAAAAGCCUAUUUUUAGUGGGAAAAAACUUGUUAUUAAAAUUCAAAGUAGUUUCCCUUAUGUUACCAAACCUGUCUACAUCAAUAAUUGGCCAAGCUAAUAAAAUGCCACGUGAUACCAGUGAGUGAUCUUGUAGUCAGAAAACUGAAUUUAACAUUCUUCCAGAAGUUAUUUAUUUUAAAAUUACCUAAUAGCCACCUUGUGUAAGUAUUAAAUGUUGAAAUACUGAAGGUGUGGUGACGCACGCCCUUUGUAAUGCCAGCUAUUCCAGAGGCUGAGGGAGGACUAUCUCAGAAAGGGCUGCAGAGGACCCCUAGGUUCAAUUGUUUUCAAAAACUUACCAGAUUUAAGCUCCCCCCUGCUUUGGAACAUGAGAAACCCAACUGCUGAGUCAGUUUCUGAAGAUCAGUAAGUAUUUGGAGAUGACGACAAAUGUAAGACAUUCAUACCAACUAACUUAUUCCCUGUGACAGGAAUAGCGCUCUGCUUUGAACAGAUUAAAUGUGCAAUUGUCCCCUCUUGUUGCCACCUAUCUCCAAGGGGCUAGUCCUCAUGGUGGCCUUUCCAGCUGCUUCAUGGCUGUGCUCUCUGUACCUGACGUGCCCUGGGUCGCUUCCAUACAAGCUGAACAUCUAGACCUGUUCAGUCGUGGUGUUUCAUUAAGAACGACACCAACAGUAGCCUGAAAACGCAAUUCUAUUUUGUAAUUCUAAAGCUGCUGUUAAUUUAUGAGCAUAAUCAAAUGUAAACUACAGACGUCGGAGCAAAGUGCCUCAAUUUUGCAAUUUUUGGCAUUACUGUGGAACCCUGUACAAUAGAAAGCAAUGCUGCGAGACUUGUAAACUCUUGUUACUUCUUGUACUUGAGGAAUACAAAUGUUCUCCCUCAGGUUAUUUUGCUUACUGGUACCCAUGAGUUGCCUCUCUGUACAUAGAUCCUUGGUUCCAAUAUUUUCCUUUGAUGUUUGGAACUGCGGAUAGUCAGGGGCUGGAGAUUUUAGCUUUCAAUGUAAGCUUCAAGCCUAGCAGUUACCUCUACUCCAAGAUAAUAUUUGAUUCCUCGUGCUGUUUGGGGCCAAUUUUCAUUAAAUAAAAUACAGUGUAAUUAAA